UUCAGCCUGCUUCGGUCACGGAUGUGGGGCGAUAAGGAGCGACCGGUGGAAUAUGUAGAAGCGUUAGGGAAUAACCUAACUGGAUAGGCUCUCUCGACAAAUGACAUAUAUUGAAAUAUAGGCUAGGAUUUACACUGAUUCAUAUGCCGAGAUCGUAAUAGCAGUUUUUUUCGUUAUUGUUUUUUUGUUUUUUUACUAUUGAGAACAAAUAAUGUCUCAAAGAGUGAGAAGAAACGGGUCUCCGACAUGUAUGCCAAGCGGCGAAACCGGUGGUGGAGUCGGCGCUACAACUGGCGUCUCGGGAGCUUCGGGGGGCAGUGUGUUCAGUCGCCUCCUGCCCAUGAAAGCGACGGUUCCGUUCCAACUGAAACCGCAGAUACAGCCCCCCCUGUUGACCAGGUCUGUGCAGGGUACCGCUAGUGGAUGCAGUAGCCCCUCGCCCACCAACACUGGGAACGGUAAAUUCCACACUAGUGGAUGCAACGCCAGCGAAGCACCUGAAACGCGCACGUCGACGUCAUUGAGUCGCAGCCCCACUCGUGCUGUUGUCAACUCAUCAUCAACAGCUGUGGUUCUGGUCUCCUCGCCAGCCACCACCCCUCUGCCUUCUCUGUCACCGCUGUCUCCUUCCAUCGGCUAUGCCUCGGGCGCGGUGGGACAGGCCGGGACAGGGACUCCCUCCUCCCCAUCCGCCAGAGUCAGCCCCCUCGCCAACACCACCGUGUCUGGUCACUCUGUCGCUGCAUCGGGGUCCAACUCUGCCACAUCCCGAGCCGCUCAAACACAAUCACCCCUCGCUCCUGUUGCAGCGCCACCUCCACAACAUGUAACUUCCCCAGUGAUCUCACCUGCACCUUACGCCAAUAUUCACACCUACGGAUCUAGUAGUUUCAGUCUGGGUCCCCCCCCUGUUAACACCGCAGACGGCUCCCCCUGCUACUCCCCCACCCAGCAGCUACACUGGCCGUCAGACUGCCCGAUCCUGGCGACCCCUUUACAGCAACAGCCUUUCUCGCCUUUUUCUCCGUCUUCAUCCUCUUUGUCAUCUUUUGGCGGUCAGCAGGGCAGAGCGAUGCCCCAGGCAGCGCCACAGCGCUGGUCCCCCGGACUGGAACAGAACCGACUGUCUCCUGAGAGAGUCAGCCCCAGCUCGCCAAAUGGAGAGAGACCCAAACCUCCUCCCCUAGCCGGCCUUCCCUCCUGCUGCUCCUGCUCCAGUAUCCGCCGCACCUCCUCCCUGGAUCUUCUCCUGACUGGGCCCUAUCUGACCGGUCACUGGCCUCGGGAAAGCAGCCAUGCCCCAUGUCAACCCUGCAUGAGGGACAAAGCCACUCAGACCCCCAGUGCCUGGGCAGAGGAGUUUGUGGAGAAGAGGAGGGCUUCUCACCAACGCUCAGCCUCCUGGGGAAGCACUGACCAACUGAAAGAGAUUGCCAAGCUGAGGCAGCAGCUCCAGCGCAGUAAGCACAGCAGCCGUCACCAUAGAGACAAGGAACGCAAAUCACCAUUCAAUGGGAACCAUGCUGCUCUCUACCAGGCUCCAAUCCCAAAGACUGUCCUGAUUCCCAUCAAGUCCUCUGUGUCUCGGUUCCGGAACAGUGUGGAAGGGCUGAACCAAGAAAUAGAGAGGAUCAUCAUCUGUGACGCAGGAGAGAGGGACGACACCCACCAUGUCCCCGACGGACGCCGUGCCCCCCCACCGCUGUCCCAACGCCCCUCCUCUCCUUCAAUCAUAUCACAGUGCUACAGUAGCUCUGCUUUCCGCAGCAUCAACACCCAGACACCCCAGGGUGGGAGAGGGGCCUGUGGAGGUAACGGCAGCCGCUCAGAGUCUGUCUCCCCCUCCUUCCUGACUGUCCCCACCGACACGGAGAUGACGGGGGAGAGAGGGGGAGACGGAGUGGGAGAGAGCCCCUUGCCUAAUAGUGAUGAGCUGCUAACGGACUGCAGAGAAAAAGACCUCGGGCCCAGCUCUCCACUCCCUAAAUACGCCUCCUCUCCUAAACCCAACAACAGCUACAUGUUCAAACGAGAGCCUCCUGAGGGCUGCGAGAGAGUCAAGGUCUUCACUGAGGAAACACAGUCCAAGAUUCCCCAGCAGGUCCCUCAGUUCCUCACAGGUCCAGACAGGAACAAGGUCAACUUCAUCCCCAACAGUGGCUCUGCCUUCUGCCUCGUCAGCAUCCUCAAGCCCGUCCUCCCCACGACGACCCAGGAGCUCAGCCUGAAGAGCCCCGGGUGCGGGCCAAACCUUACCUUGUCCCCCCUCAGCACACCUCUUACUGGGGCUUCCCUCAGCCUUUCUCCCCUGACCCUGGACGAACAGACCAGCUAGAGUCCCUAUCAACAGACCAGCUAGAGUCCCUACCAACAGACCAGCUAGAGUCCACCAUAUCUACAGGCCCCAAACCAGCCCCACAAUAACCAGCAGACCACCAUAACUACAGGCCCCAAACCAGCCCCACAAUAACCAGCGAACCACCAUAACUACAGGCCCAAACCAGCCCCACAAUAACCAGCAGACCACCAUAACUACAGGCCCAAACCAGCCCCACAAUAACCAGCAGACCACCAUAACUACAGGCCCAAACCAGCCCCACAAUUACCAACAGACCACCAUAACUACAGGCCCCAAACCAGCCCCACAAUUACCAGCAGACCACCAUAACUACAGGCCCAAACCAGCCCCACAAUAACCAGCAGACCACCAUAACUACAGGCCCCAAACCAGCCCCACAAUAACCAGCAGACCACCAUAACUACAGGCCCCAAACCAGCCCCACAAUUACCAGCAGACCACCAUAACUACAGGCCCAAACCAGCCCCACAAUUACCAGCAGACCACCAUAACUACAGGCCCAAACCAGCCCCACAAUAACCAGCAGACCACCAUAACUACAGGCCCCAAACCAGCCCCACAAUUACCAGCAGACCACCAUAACUACAGGCCCCAAACCAGCCCCACAAUAACCAUCAAACCACCAUAACUACAGGCCCCAAACCAGCCCCACAAUAACCAGCAGACCACCAUAACUACAGGCCCAAACCAGCCCCACAAUUACCAGCAGACCACCAUAACUACAGGCCCAAACCAGCCCCACAAUAACCAGCAGACCACCAUAACUACAGGCCCAAACCAGCCCCACAAUUACCAGCAGACCACCAUAACUACAGGCCCAAACCAGCCCCACAAUAACCAGCAGACCACCAUAACUACAGGCCCAAACCAGCCCCACAAUUACCAGCAGACCACCAUAACUACAGGCCCAAACCAGCCCCACAAUAACCAGCAGACCACCAUAACUACAGGCCCCAAACCAGCCCCACAAUUACCAGCAGACCACCAUAACUACAGGCCCCAAACCAGCCCCACAAUAACCAUCAAACCACCAUAACUACAGGCCCCAAACCAGCCCCACAAUAACCAGCAGACCACCAUAACUACAGGCCCAAACCAGCCCCACAAUAACCAUCAGACCACCAUAACUACAGGCCCAAACCAGCCCCACAAUAACCAGCAAACCACCAUAACUACAGGCCCCAAACCAGCCCCACAAUAACCAUCAGACCACCAUAACUACAGGCC